UGUGGUAGCAUUACAUUCAUAAUCAUAUUUCCUAUAUUUAUAACAGAAAUAACCUACCUAUUUAUAUAAUAUCUCAGUUUUCUUUAACUCCUGUCUAAAUUUAACUAUUUGUUUAACUUCUAUGGCCUAAUAUUUUCAGGGACAGGGCGUGUUGACAGUUCAUUGAGGGCAACAUAAAGACAUGGAAUUGUGGAAGAAAACUAGAUAAGGUUAAACUCUUUAGGAAUUCAUUACACAGAAUCACAAACAACUCUGCUGAACUUCUAAUUGAAGUCUGAAAAAUUACUAACUUGUGGUUGCUAUGAUUGGAUUAGCAGAUAAUAUAGGUACAAAUGUUAGUUUUAUGUUCAUAAAGACUAGACCCUGUGUGAAUGAGCAUUGAUCACAGACAAAGAUGGAUCUUCCACACAUGGUUAGUUGAUCCUGCAGCUAUCCCUGCUGGCCCCACCCCCUGCCGCUCUGCCUUACCCCAACGUAUACUCUAUCCUAAAGCUCCUGGUUGCUCCGUCCCCUAGGCAUUUCUAGCUCCUCCUGUUUGCUUUCUUGUCACCUGGAUAUUUUAUCUUGGUGGACUCUGAACAUCUUGACUCUGCCAUGGCGUACUGUGGACGCUCUCUGGACUACCCAUGCACUCUAGCUUUGUUGGUUGGUUUCCAGUUUGCCUUUGUCCUUUAUUUUUCCCUGGGGGGGUUUAAAGGUUUGGUUUCCGUGUUGGUUCAUCCCACGGAGCAGGAGUUUGAUUAUUCCAGACCUCAUGAUGUCUACACCAACCUCACUAACCAUUUUGGAGUGCUUCCACUUCCACCUCGGAACAUUGGGACUGGACCUCCUGGCACUGGACUACCACUAAGAGAGUGCCAGUUUCCGUCACCACUUCUGGUUGGACCAGUGUAUGUCCAUCUUUCUUCCCCUCUGACUCUGGAUCAGAUUAGAAAGAGGAAUCCCUUAGUGACGCCAGGAGGGCGGUACCGGCCUCCAGACUGUGAACCCAGGCACCACACAGCAAUAGUGGUACCGUACCGGAACCGCCAAUCCCACCUGAGAACCCUGCUCUACCAUCUUCAUCCAUUUCUGCAGAGACAGCAGAUUCACUACAGCAUCUAUGUCAUACAACAGUGGGGAAACAACACAUUCAACCGCGCAAAACUCCUCAAUGUGGGUGUGCGGGAGGCUCUGCGAGACGACGACUGGAGCUGCAUCUUCCUGCAUGAUGUGGAUUUACUGCCUGAGAAUGACCACAACACGUACACCUGCCACAAAGAGUUCCCCACGCACAUGUCGGUGGCCAUGGACAAGUUCAGAUACAGGUUGCCGUAUCCACAGUACUUUGGUGGAGUAUCUGCAGUGACUCCUGACCAGUACAUGAAGAUGAAUGGCUUUCCCAACCAGUACUGGGGGUGGGGCGGGGAGGACGACGAUAUCGCUUACAGAGUUCUUCUCUCGGGGAUGAAGAUUGUGCGUCCUCCAGUGAAUAUAGGUCAUUACAAGAUGAUCAAGCAUAAAGGAGAUAGAGGCAAUGAGAAAAAUCCACGCAGGUUUGAUCUUCUGAAAAGGACCAGGUUGAGCUGGCGCUCUGAUGGCUUCAACUCUUUGACCUAUGAGCUCCUUUCCAAACAGCUGGAGCCUCUCUACACCAACAUCACGGUCGACAUCAAUGAUGAGCCGCAUGUGCACCCAGUGAAAACACCAGCUUCUGUGAAAUCUGCAACACCCACCCAUUCCCACAGCACCAGCAAGAGUAAGGUUUUGCUUAGACUGACCGGAAAGCCUGCGGUGGCAACCACGACUGCCAAAUUUCGAUUAAUCGCCCAGCCCGAACGCACCGACGAAUAGAGCCGACCUAAAUAAGUAAACCGGUAUGAAGCUAAGGGAAAGUCCUGGGGCUGUCACUGUUCAUGUAAAUCUUAGUCUAUUUGUUUAACCUGAUUGCAGAAGCUUGAAAAGUACACAUCAGACCAUCUGCUGUACUGCAUCGUUCAGCAGACACCACUCUAAAGGGAGCAUAACGUCAUUUCCUAUCGGGAUUGAAGAGUUCCGUUAGGCAACUGGACAUGAAAUUUUCUCAAGACGACGUUACACCUCCCAUCCAAGAGGCUUCUUCGGUUCCCGUCGGCUCGUCAUUAAAAUAAGCCAAACAGUCCUGUGUCAAAACUACACAUUAGCAGCAGAAACCAAAAUGUUCCCUGCCCAAAAUUGUUUUUCUGCCUCUUAUAAGUGACAGCCCUGUUCAUGUUAAUAAUAAUAAUUUAUAUUAAGACCAAACAGCCAACAAAGGUUCAGUCUGAAGGACUUCAAGUACACCAGCGUUUUGUGCUUUGUACUAGUUAAAUGUGCAAUGAGGUAAAUGAAGAUGCGUCCCGGCUCCACAGAGGUCCAUUCAAGAACAUGACUGGACGGUUACCGUCUUUAUUGACAGUUGACAGGGACUUUGACUCUUGCGAGCAGUACUGUGCUGUAGCAGGAGUUGGACCGAUCGGUGUAAGGGAACAAAAGAGAAGAACCGCUCACUCUUCCAAACUUUGCCCCUUUUUUCUGACAGAUCCCGAGAUGUACACAGCCCAGAUCUGCAGCUUUGCCCGGUCCUGCUGCUCUCGAUCUUACCCCACGCCAUUGUGGGGAUUUGUGUUUUUGUGCCUUCUAUCUCUAAAUGUGCAUUUUUAUAGACUGUAUCUGUAGUUGCUUUCAGAAGCUGAUGGAAAGGGUUAGCAAUACCUCUUCGGCCCUGCAGCAAAAAUUAAGGUUAAGGCCGAAACCAGAGGAGAGACAACUGGUUUACUCCAGGACUGCCCUUUUAUAUUGGUGUGCUUCAAUCACGUGUUGACCAACACCAUAGUUAGCGGAUAAUUCUAGAGUUUAUAUUUCUAUAGAGAUUUUGUUUUACUCUGUGUCCUUACAGUCUGGUGCCUCUAUCUCUAUAUAAGGAUAUAUCUCUAAUUUAUUUUCUAGACAAUCAAACGAUCUUUCUCUGUGUCCGACCAUAUAAGAAAAUGUGGACGCGUCAUCACGCCUUCCAGAUAAACAUAGACUCGGCAUGAUAGUUCUUGUCCUAGCUUGACUAUACUCUUCAUACCAUGGUAACAACUGUGCUUCUUAUUAUGGUCAUUGAUUUUACCACUUCAUUGUUGUCAUUUUCAGCUAUAGGGUGGGGGGCGUUAAAGUUGAAGUCUACAUUGUGAGAACCAGCGCCACACUGUGUUUAGGCAACAAGUGUUUACGCUGUUCAAAUAUUGCACUGUGUAUCUGCAGCCAGUGGAAGGAGGCACCUUAGCUGUGGAGAUUUAUUAGAAAGUUAGUGGUAAAUGCACUGGGAAAAACAGUGGAACGUGGAGGUUAGUACACAAGUACACUGCAGGUAUUUAGGAGUUCUUAUACUGGAAUUCAAACGGUUUUUAAGCACUGUGGUUACAACUUUGAUAUGAUAUGAGUUUUAUCAGUUACACAAUAGCAGGGAUGGCUUGAUGUGAUACUCACCAUCGACAUCGGUCUGAUAUUGGUCAAAAUGUCAGGAUUGAAAAAAACAACCAUAGCCCGUCUGUUUCGAUAACUUAUCCCAAAUUUUCUAGCUUGCGCGAUGUAAAUGUGGGCACUAUCGCCUCAGCAACGGCAGCCCGCAGCAUGCUGGAAGAAAAAAGAAGGUAUUAGAUUGAUUGGCAGAGCAAUUUAAUACCAGUAUCGAUAUUGGUCCAAGUUGCAGUAUCGGUACAAGAUAACAUUUGUAUUGAGCCAUCUCUACAUAAUAUACAACAAUAUACCCAAAGUGAAACCACUGGAAAACGGGCUAAUGUACUUCUUUUUUUUUUUAAUAGCUGGUUGUCCGAUGUCUGACAAUGCUUUCACACCAAAUGUGAGUAUGGACAAUAUGUAAACGUUAGCAAAGUCACCAGUCACCUGCUUUUUAGUUGUGUUCGGUAAUUAUCUAAAUGUUCCAACUCGACCAGUGAGUCGGGCUUAGGAGUUAGGAUUUGUAUCAAGUCCAUUGAAUACAUUACACGUACUGUAUAUGUGCACAUGCCUUUGCAGGUUAUAUAGUAGCAUAAGAAAAUAAUGUGCGUUUGGUGAGAACACAACACCACCAGGAAUGCAAGUGCAUGUUUGCCGCAGUUUAUCAACCUCACUAUUUGGUUCCCAAAUGAUGUUGUUAUUGUGUGGUAUAUUUCAUAAAUAUUAAUUUUGAUCAGAGCAUGAUAGUGCGGAGUUGGCACCGUUCUACGGUAGCACUCCAAUUCAGUCAAAAGUCCUCAAAAUUUACCAAUUGAUUUUUUUUAACUGUACUACUAAUAAUGCCUGAGAUGUUUGGACUUAUUUGACGUUUUAGGUUAAAUUUAGGAGUGCGUUCUGCCUCCUGCCACAAAUGAAUAAACGUUCAUCCCAGCUUUAGGUACUGGUUUUUAGCAUUUACUUUAUAUUUACAGCUUGUGUGUCCCAACAUAAAAUGAUGCUAACGCUUAACUUUCUGCUCCACUCACAUGCUCUGACAGCAGUAUCAUAAUAAUAAUGACGCACCUGCAGCUGAGUUACUACCUACUUCCUUCUCUGUUAUUCAGGUUAUUUCCAUUUAAGCCAUGUGGAAUAUAUAUAUAUAUAUAUAUAUAUAUAUAUAUAUGUAUAUAUAUGUAUAUGUAUAUGUCUUCAUUCUGUUGACUAUUUGCUUUGGCUUUUCUUGUUUUAUAUGAGGUGCUUUGUUUGGACCUUAGUCUAAACACUGGUUUGUGAAAUUAGCUUAUAGAAUUUUAUGCUGCUACAUAUCGGAGGUUUGUUGCUUGAGAAAUGACAUUUUAUCACGGUGUGCAUCGGUGUUUUAAAUCAUGUACUGAAUGUAUUUUAGUUUCUUGAAUAUUUAUAUAUUUACUUAGACCACAUUUAUAUGUUUUAUGCUAACAUUGUGCCUGAUGGUGAAGCGUGUGCUAAAUGUUGAGGCCUGCUGAGGUAACACGUUGCUGCCCUCUUGUGGCAGAAGACUGGUAUUGCUCCAGAGUGUAUGAAUGAAAAGUACAGCAACGUGACGUGAAUGUCAGUCGUCACCACCAGCCAUUCACUGUUUUCUCAGCCAAUCACGUCAUCACAUUUGGUUCUGAUUAAAGGUGUAGCCCGUGUCACUAAAUUAGAACCAAAAACAGAGACGAGAAAGGGCGAAAGCCAGGCUAGUGUUUCCAGAUUGGAUCUAGUUUUAUAGAAUGAAUUCAUCUUUAUUUAUGUAUUAUUAAGAAGAACUGGAACCAGUAAAGGAGUGUUUAGAGAAGGUAAUCUCUUAGCUUUAUACAGCACAUGUUAAGUUGCAUAUCUCUAGAAGAAUCUAUAUGUUGUAGAUUAUAACUAUUGGUCAUGUGGCCUUAUGUAUCUGGCCCUCAUAUGAACAGAUUUAUCAGUAGCCUGUGUGAUACCUCCAGAUGGAUAUAUUUAUGAAAUAGCAUAGUUUUUUAUAAAACCACUUGUGUGUUGCGAGUAGGCAUGGUGAGUUACGAAGUUGAGAACUUGUACUUGAAAUAUCUUUUUCCUAAAUAACAUUAUUUCCACAGAGGUUUAGUUACAUGGUUCAAAGUGUUGAGGCAAAGAAAGUGUGUGAAUAACAGAAUAUUAGUGGUCCACAUGUGGUAUGGAGAACGUGGGCUACAUAUUUAAUUGAACUGACCAGAUUAUAGCUAAACUAAAACUAAAAUUUCAGUUGAGAUGUGCUUUAUCACUUAUGUACAAUUCACGGUUUUACCCUUACGGUAAAAUUUUGCUAAUCCAAUAAUGUAUGUGGCCAGCAUACGAGGGUUAUUAUUCAUAGCCAGUUUUGUGUUUUGGUUUAGAUGUUGCCCAUACUUAUGGUUAGUGUUAGAAGUUGGCCAUUAAAGACAUAUUAUUGAGGUGAGGGCGUCCCGUCAAAUAGGAUUGAACUUAACCCACAAGGAAAUUGUGUUAUGUGAUAUUUUGAGUGGCCUUUAUCUGACACUAACUUUUUCACCAAACUCAAAAAGGUUUGAUUAGUACAUUUGGUACAUUAACUAGUACAACAUGGGGCCCAACAGAUACCAGAAUUGAGCCACAAGGUUCGGCUUAUUUCAUUUAUCACUGUACGUCUACCAGUGUGUGUGUGUGUGUGGGGGGGGGGGUGACCUGUUUUGCUAUGUAGACGCUGUCGUAAUGAUUCUGUUAUUAUUUUAAAUGAACGUCGGGUUGUACAAAUGAAGUUGAGUUUUAUGCGUUUGUCGGCGGUGGGAGUUAGCAUGGUAAGCUAAAAGGCAACGUGCAGUUAUUGACUGUAGUUGAUUCAGACAGAGGUUAAACAUGCAAACCAAUAAAACUCUUAAAAACUGUGA